CUUGUUAUUGUUGUGGUGCGAGUUAGGUGCCGUCUCGUGAAGCUUACACGUGGGAAGACAAUCUCACGGGGUCCAACAAGCUUACCAGACAGAUACAGUGCCGAGUAUAUAUGCUGGAUCAUCACGGCCCUCAAAAAAGUUGUCAGCACUGGGGUAGCAGAAGCUGGUACAUUAUUUUUUUUCUUAAGAAAAGAUGAAGCAGGCACUGGCACUGCUGCUACUUCUCAUUCUCACCGUCGCUGUGCAAGGACUCGAGUUUCAAGACGAGCGGUCCCGGCGACCAUGGUACAAGAAGAAACCAGGACCGAAGCCCGGAUCGCCACCAAGCAGCAAAAAGAAGCCAGAGAAGCCACCAGCACCGGUACUAAGCAAUGACGGCCUGGUAGCUCCUCUCACCCGGAUGAACAUCCAAGGCGCCUCGGUGCCGUCCUUUGUGGUGGAGCUCAGGGUCGGCAGUCCUCCGGUGGCCGUGAACUUCACCAUCGACACCAUGGGCACCCAUACAGCAAUGCCAUGGCAACUUUGCUCGAACGUUACCACUGCCGCCACCUUUACCACGACUGACAGCAAAGGGAACGAGAACUGGAAGAAGACACCACCGUCAUCACCGCCACCACCGGAGAGAUCGUCAUCUCCACCAGGAAGACCGUCGCUACCAUCGUCACCGGUACCACCAUCGUCCUCGAGUCCACCAGAGAAGCCAUCCACACCACCAGGAAGGUCUUGGGCCCCGCCAGGAAAGCCACGGCAGCCACCAUCGUCAUCGUCUCCUCCAGGAAGGCCAGGAAAGCAGCCAUGGCAGCCACCAUCGUCCUCGACACCACCAUCGCUACCACCAACUUACUCUGGAGCUAUCCAAAGCGUUCCAUGCUCGCAUCCAGUGUGCCAGGGAUCGUCCUAUACGUGUGACAAGGUGAGAAAACGCUGCAUGGCUUACGACCGCUACACAGGGAAGCCCAUCGACUUGGUUCUCAGCCAGCUUACCAUGGAGAGCGUCUAUCCAUCCGGGGACGUCGCUAGCCAGAAUCGAACCAUCGCCGGCAUUGUCAUGGGGUGCAGUGCCCCGUCAUCUGUGCCGUACGCCUCGACGAGCAUGGCCUCCCUAUCCCCGGGCGCCACGUCGCUGGUGUCCCAGAUCGCGACAGCCGCGAGCCUGCCACGUCGGUUCGCCUACUGCCUCGGCAAGCCACGUGGUGCGUUCUUUGUGGGCGGGGCUGAUUACGUGUUCCGCCAGCGCACCGUCAAGCCGAAAAUGCAGUACCUCCCAAUGCUGACUCCUCCCGCCGCGUGGCAGCGCGGGAUGGGCUACCGGCUCGCACUUCGCGGGAUCGCCGUUGGAUCCGGGCCAGAUGUCAAGCCCCUGCCCAUCGAUUCCUCACUGUUUGACAAUGGGGUGGUGAUUGGAACCAAGCUGAGGUACACGAGCUUGGUUGAUCCAGCUUACCAGGUUGUUCGAAGGCAUUUCAUGGCGGUGGCGGCGGCGUCUAACGCUUCGAUCACUCCCGUGCCAUCGCCAUUCCCGGAGCUCAAUCUCUGCUAUAGGAUUCCUCCCAGAGCUGCGGUGUCCGGGGCGCCCAAGAUCCAGUUCAUCUUCGAGAACGCAACGCUCACGGUCCAGCCCAGGAACUACAUCGUGAGGUGGCGGCGGACGGACGUUGUGUGCCUGGGAAUCGUGGGAGCCGGCGCGCUGGGGCGAGUCUCCGUGAUUGGAACGCUCCAGCAGGAGGAGACGCUGGUGGAGUUUGAUCUGGAGAAGCGCGUGGUGGGCGUCAGCGAGCACCUCAGCCUCUCCGGGACCAGCUGCAAGAACUUCGAGUUUCUUCCCGAUGCGCCGUGGCCGCGGAGGUCGUCGAUCACGCCAGCUCCAUCGCCCGGAGCUCCAGUUCUAUCUGAGGAUGAUGAAGGAAGUUUUGACGAAGAGGAAGAGGUUGGCAUUGCGCCAUCGUCUUCUUGAAGGAGGAGUUAUUGUAUGGUUUGAUUGUAUUGAUAUAUUCUAAGUUCUCAUAA